AUGCAUGUGAAAUGGUUUGAUACAGUAAUGUUAUACUAUGUGAUUUUAGUGUAUUUAGUGAAUGUCACUUUUUGUCAUUUUCAAAUUUCCCGCCAGUUCCGUCCCCCGUACGUCCCAGGGUACGGAACCCAGAAGACAGAUGCCGGCAUCGGACGGAGGACAUUGCCGGGGACACUGCAGGAGGGACAUCGUGGGAGCGCAGGACAAGGUGAGUGAUCAAGAGAUCCCGGAGCAGCGGUGCAUGGUAAGCCUGAGUGUAGCUCGGGGUUACCGCUUGUGCUACACUCGGGAAUACCGCCCGGGAGGU